AAACAGCGUUUAAUUUUCUGUCAUUUCAUUCCUAAUUUUCUCUCGUUUUCUCGCGCUCUCUCUCUCUCUCUCUCUCUCUCAAUUUCGAAUCUCUCUUUUCCUCCUUCUAGCUUGACCGUCAUCGUCAUCAAGUAUCUCAAAGGAGCUCAUGACCUGAAUGAGAUCCGGAUCGAAGAGUGGGUGUGAAUUGAAGGAAAUAUAGAAGUGACGGAGAGAGUGAAACAUGAGUGAGAGCCAGAGAUUCCAGCUAGGGACAGUAGGGGCUUUGAGUCUAUCAGUGGUAUCGUCGGUGUCUAUUGUGAUAUGCAACAAAGCUCUCAUUAGUACACUCGGUUUCACUUUCGCCACAACAUUGACAAGCUGGCAUCUGCUGGUAACAUUUUGUUCUCUUCAUGUGGCACUAUGGAUGAAAUUGUUUGAACACAAGCCUUUUGAUGCAAGAGCUGUAAUGGGAUUUGGCAUUUUAAAUGGGAUAUCCAUUGGGCUUUUGAAUCUUAGCUUGGGGUUUAAUUCAGUUGGCUUCUACCAGAUGACAAAAUUGGCGAUCAUCCCAUGUACUGUCCUCUUGGAGACACUUUUCUUCAGGAAGAAAUUCAGUCGGAAUAUUCAGCUUUCACUGAUGAUCCUUCUUGUGGGGGUUGGAAUUGCAACUGUAACUGAUCUUCAACUGAAUGUCCUCGGUUCUGUCUUGUCUCUGCUUGCAGUAAUUACGACAUGCGUUGCUCAGAUUAUGACCAAUACAAUUCAAAAGAAGUUCAAAGUCUCUUCCACCCAGCUUCUAUAUCAAUCUUGUCCCUAUCAAGCAAUAACUCUGUUCAUUAUUGGUCCAUUUCUAGAUGGUCUGCUAACUAAUCAAAAUGUUUUUGCUUUCAAAUACACUCCUCAAGUGCUGUUCUUCAUUGUUCUAUCCUGCUUGAUAUCUGUCUCUGUGAACUUCAGUACAUUUAUGGUAAUUGGAAAGACUUCUCCAGUCACCUAUCAGGUCCUAGGGCAUCUGAAAACAUGCUUAGUUUUGGCCUUUGGCUAUGUUCUACUUCGUGACCCUUUUAGCUGGCGCAACAUUUUAGGGAUCCUCAUUGCAGUAAUUGGGAUGGUACUGUAUUCUUAUUAUUGCACUGUUGAGAGCCAGCAGAAGGCUAGCGAAGCUUCAACAAAAUUACCUGAGGUCAAGGAAACCGAAUCCGAUCCUCUGAUUGGUGUGGAAAAUGGAAGUGGAAUAUUAGCUGAUGGCGUUGUUCAGAAAUCUCCUGUAUGGAAUUCCAACAAGGAUCUUCAUGCAUAAGACUUAAAAAUUUUUAUAAAUUCAUUCCUAGAGUAAUAUCAGUAGACGAAUCUGUUUCAGCGAUGAAGAUGUUGCUGGCUAAGGGGUUUCCAUGUGAUGUAUCGGGUAAGAGCAGUUGGGGUAUUCUUAGAUUGUUACUUCAAUUAAAAGUUAAGGAAAUUGUCCAAUUAUAUAGCAUUUUUGGUUAUUAGUUUUGUAUGAAUCAGGCAUGGCAGGGGGAUGAUAGAAUUUUUAUUCGUUAAAUGUAUACUUUUGCUCUCAAAUAUUAGAAAAAAAAAAAAAGUUUCUUUAUUGUUUCUUUCUGGUAA